UGGCUGAUGGCUGAGGCUGAAGUGUUAGCUGUCACAUUUCUGAUCGAAUGAUUUUUGAUAUAAAAUAGCUUCGUUUUUUUCAUAUAAAAUAAUAAAAUGGCCAAGAAAACUUAUGAUCUGUUAUUUAAACUGCUCCUUAUUGGUGACUCUGGUGUUGGCAAAACUUGUAUAUUGUUUAGGUUUUCAGAUAAUCACUUCACAACGACAUUUAUUUCCACUAUUGGUAUAGAUUUCAAAAUCAAAACAGUAGAACUUCGAGGUAAAAAAAUCAAACUGCAAAUUUGGGACACAGCUGGACAAGAACGAUUCCACACGAUCACUACUUCCUACUACCGUGGCGCGAUGGGGAUAAUGCUGGUUUACGACAUAACAAAUGAAAAAACAUUUGAUGAUAUUGUCAAGUGGUUAAGAAAUAUAGAUGAGCAUGCCAAUGAAGAUGUGGAAAAAAUGAUACUGGGUAACAAGUGUGACAUGGAAGAGAAGCGAGUAGUCAGCAAAGAGCGGGGAGAAGCAAUCGCGCACGAGCACGGCAUCCGGUUCAUGGAGACGUCGGCCAAGUCCAACAUCAACAUCGACCGCGCCUUCUCCGAGCUGGCGGAGGCCAUCCUGGACAAGUCGGCGGGGCGCGAGGCGGACGCGGACCACGCGCGCAUCGCGGUGGAGCGCCGCCCGUCGCGCGCGCCGCCCGCGCGCGCCUGCUGCUCCUAGAGCCGCCGCCGCCGGACACGCUGUCGUUUUUAUUUAUUCUAUGUAUAUAACCGUUUCGAAUGUAGAUAAAUGAUUCGCCUGGCUUUCGCGUCGCGGCCGCCGAUCGCUGUGCUUCGGAACGACGGACGAACGCACGCCUCGACGUUUCGGUCUGACGCGUAUCCGUCGUGUAUUCGUCGCAAAUGGCUCUGCGAGUGCGGAACGCCCGCGUUUCCGUCGCGAUCGCUUUUAAAAGUUACGUUAUCUUCGGAGCCACGAUAUAAGCGUGAGGUCUUUAGCUUAUAGUCGUAGUCGGUCUCGUUGUAUUUCAACUUAAUCCUCGCUUCUUUGCAUAGUACGUGUUACUUAUUUGUUAUGAUGUCUCUUAUAUAUGUCGGUGAUCGUAACUGUUGUGUAGAUGCGAGCCUCGACACCGGCUGGAAGCUGGCAACGGUGUCGUGUCGCGACGGUAGCCGCCUCGGCUCCGUCUGAGCUGUAGGUUUGAGUGAUGCGUGUGCAAUAAUUCUCCACGACGACGGUGUUCAACAUAAGUAAUGAUUAAUAAGAUAUUUUAUUUGCCACAUUAUUAACCUCUAUUAAUCACAUGUCGGCUCGCUGGAAAGAUAAAGUGCAAUUAAAACAGGUAAUUUACGAAACAAUAGCAGAUUACUUAAAAACUCCAAUAGCGUAUAGUGAAUAGUUUCAUAUAUAGAUUUAUAUUGAGGAUCGAGGGCUACAUGCUUCGUUGCAUCUAACUCCAAAGCGCAGCAUAGCUAUGAACAGCGACAUAUCCGCGGAAGCAAUAGGUAUACUUAAAUUACUUUUAUCAGCCAAUAUCUAUGGCAACAUUUUUAAUAAUACAUUAUAACUUACGUAUAAUCAUAGUUUAAUUUAGUGAUCGCUCUUCCGA